CAGCACUAAAGCAUCAGGUCCGGGUUAGGCCACGCCCCCUGGCUCCUACCUGUUGAGCAGUGUAAAAGUUCCCAGCUCCCACCUGGACAAACACUGAAGUCAAGAUGAGUCUGCCGGACUACAAAUCACAUGAAAAACAGUCUUCGCUCGCAGUUCCACACUCUGCUGUUGUGCAGUUAAAUGUCGGGGGUCACCUGUUCAGCACCUCUAUGAGCACGCUCAGGAAACACCCCGACUCCAAGCUGGCCGAGCUGUUCAGCAGACAGCCCAAACUGUGCACCGACGCACAGGGAUGCUACUUCAUCGACCGCGAUGGUUCGCACUUUGGAGGCGUCCUCGAGUUCCUGAGAUCAGACUUGCUGCCCACAGAGAACGUCCAGGAGGUUCACAGGGAGGCGGUGUACUACAACAUCAAACCACUGAUCAAACGCUUAGAGGAAACUCCUCGGCUGUUUGGAGAGCUGGUGGGAAGGCAGCAGUUCCUCUCCAGAGUCCCGCACUACAAAGAAAACAUCGAGGUGCUUAUUCGCAUCGCCAGAGCCGAGGCCAUUGCCGCCCGCCACUCCACCAUCAUGAUCUGCGUACUGCGGACGGAGGAGGAUUUGGGUUUCUAUGACAACGCCAUCAACAGCCUGGAGGCGGAUAAGGAGUCGGUGGUGACGUUCGGACCCUGGAAGGCCGUCCCGUCCGUCAAAGACCUGCUGGACUGUGUAAAGAUGGACAUCGAGAGUCAGGGCUACAGGGUGAGCAUCCAGCCUCACGUCAUGGAGAAGAGCUUCCUGUCCAGGAGCUACGACUACUUCUACAAACUCACAUUCACCUGGUGGUGAUGAGAGGGCUGCUUCUCUCGGCUGUCAUUUAUAGCAGAAGUGAAAACUGUACAUACUGUUUCUAAAAAUAACAGAGAGCAUUUCGAUAAAUCACAUUUAUUGCUGCAGUUUCUCUAAAAUAUUUUGAUUUGCAUGCUGAGUCAUGCUGCAUGUUUAUGCACCCGUGUUAAAAAGGGGUCUUGAUUUUGAACACUAGCCAUUUUAGACAUAAUGGGUCAGUAAAGCAUCUGUAUAUAAUGAAAUUCAAAGGUACUGUGGUUUAAGAUAAAGUGAUGGGUCCACCGAAGUAUUUAUAUAUCCUUACUUUCUUACAACAAAGACUUAAUCUGUUAAUUUUAGGUGCUUAGAAAUAUGAAUGGUAUUUAAUAUCCUGUAUAAUGUCAGUGAAAUCAUGUUACUAUAUGCUAUUUUAUAACUACCCAGUUACAAAAUAAUUUUUUCUCACUCACAAACUUUAAAAGGAAGUUGUUUGAUUAGGUACCUUUUGUGCACCAGCUACUGGGGAAUGGACAUAUUAACAUAAACACCUGGACAAUAUAAUGCAAUACAAAUCAACAGCACUGCAAUGAAAAGUACUUUUGUGAAGGGAAUUAUGUCUUGGGACUUUUUCAGAGAUGUGUUGACUCUACAGUCAUCUUUGAGGCCAAAGUUUGUUGUGUGUUAGAUCUGAUGACGUUAUACAGGCGUUCAUAUAGUGAGCAUACCCCUUGCAAAUAAGUUUGGUGUGAAAUAUGUCUCUGUUCUAUAUUAUAAAUUGUACCAGGGGAAAUUCAGUCACUGAGGAAAACAUUGCGUCAUAUACACAACACUGGGCAAUCCACUACCCAGAUUAUAAGAAACAAAAAGGUCAAAAAGCACAAAAGCUGAACAAGCAUUUUAGCAGAAAGCAGAGCAGCAACCUCAGUGUUCACCACAGAGCAGGGGAUCUAACAGUCAGCGUACCUUCAUGUCAGACCACUUCCUGUGUGAUCAGAGUGUGAAAAAACAACAAUAAACAGUGCAUACAAACUCUGUCCUGUAGCAGAAAGGCCAGAGAUUAGAGCAGUCCGUGGUCACAUCCCUCAAGUGUCCCGCCGAUGUGUCAACUUCAGGUGAGUGACUCAACCUUAUGUGACAGAAAACAUUAGAGCCUUUAAAUAAAGAUUUAAUUUAAUCAAAACAUUUAUGAAUUAUUAAGUAAAAUGCACAUAGACAAUUUCACUGUAGAUUUUUCAGGUGGACGACUUUAUUCUGGCUAAUAUUCAUUAUCUAGUGUCAACAAGACCCGAAAAACAGUCAUUGAUGAUAAGUGCAGAAGGCCUUAAUUUCCUGUGGAAUCAAACAGGCCUGCCAGAAAAGUAAGGCCUAAAGAAGAGAGGAAACAGAGUGCCUAAGGUCCGGAUCGUAAUCGAACCAGUCCAUUCCACCACACCAGAAAAUGCAGAAGAUCAACAUAAUGAGCUUUUGCUCGUUACUGAUUUUUUAGCCUGUGAAUCACCAAAAUGAGAGAAUGGCAUAAACAAAAAUUAUUGUCAUGUAGUCAUCCACUCAUAGAUCACAACAUCUGUUUCUCCGCCUGGUUGAGCUAUGAUUGUCAAUUAGGCUAUCUAAUGUAGGAUGUCCAUGUAAGGAAAGAAAAAAUAUAUAAAACCCUCAGUUUUAGAGAAGUGUUGCAUUGCACCCUCAGUUGCAGACUGAGGAUCGGAGAAUCAGCAGGAUCUGGAAUGGAGAUUGCCAGUGAGUAGACCAGAGAUAAGAAAGGAAAGGGAUAGAAAUAAAUGUCUGAUAAAAAUCUGUUUUACUAUGUUUUGAACUUGUAAUUGUUUAAUCAAAUUUACUGUUCUUUGUUGUAAGCUCUUGCUUGCUCUGAUAAAUAAAGUAAAAGUCUCAUAA